AUGCAUGGUCAUGAUCUAUAUGAUCAUCUCGAUGGAUCUGCUCCUUGCCACUCUCGCACGAUAACAACUGGUACAAUCACUAGUGCGAAUCCUGUGUUUUCUCUUUGGUUUCGCCAAGACCAACUUAUUCAGAAUACACUUAUGGCAUCUCUUGAUCAGACAAUUGCCGUGAACAAGUCUCAAACCAGAAUUUUCAGUUUGCCUGAUAGACUUGCAAUUCCGUGGGAUUUCCGCUUCAAUCCGGCUCGUGACUCCACUAUUACUUAUGAAGAACUCACAAAAAGCUAUGAAGACUUUAAGACGACUCCCAACCAGAUUACUGCUGCAGCUGCUACUUCCACCAAGUCUGGUUAUCCCGACUCUCGGCACCAUCGUCGCUCCAACAAUGGAACUGGCAGCAAUCAACAAUGGCAGUCCAACAAUUGUUUUCCUACACCCAAUCAGUGUCACUCUUCGCUCACCACCAAUUCUUAUGAUGGUGUUCAUUGCCAAUUGUGA